CCGGCGCCUCCAAUCCAAGGCCACUCGCCCGCACCGUCGCUUCGGUGGUGCGCGCUGCUUCGUGCAUGCUGUGGUCGGUCCGGUCCGGUUCCGCGCGGCCUCCGCCUCCUCCUCUUCUCCUUCUGAUUCCUGAUCCACUGGUGCCGGGGGGCGUGCGUAACGUCCGGGACACGGCACGACCAAACCAGACCGGACCAGGCGGCAUUUGCGCCUCGUCUCCUCCCACUCCCACCUGUACCUCCGUGUCUGCCUAGCCAUUGCCCAUUGGGAGAGCGCGCGCGAGCGAAAGAGAAGCGGUAGCUCCACCGCCUCCGCCAAUGGCCGAGGAGGAAGAGGAGGAGCGCGGCGCGGCUCCCUUGCCCUUGCCCUUGCCCUUGCCGCGCAACGGCGAGGCCGCCGCCGCCGCCCACCGCCCAGAAUGCCCCGGCUGCGUGUUCGACCGGCGGAAGGACGACCUCCUGCUCCGCAGAGCCAAGCCGUACCGGGAGUUCCUCUACAUCUGGAUCAUCUCCCUCACCGCCGCCUUACCGAUAUCGUCGCUCUUCCCCUUCUUGUAUUUCAUGAUAAGAGACCUGAAUGUCGCUAAAAGAACAGAAGACAUCGGGUUCUACGCUGGUUUUGUAGGUGCCUCAUUCAUGUUUGGUAGAUGCUUGACUUCAACAGUAUGGGGCAUAGCGGCAGACCGCGUUGGGAGGAAACCUGUUGUCGUGUUCGGCAUUUCCUCUGUAGUUGUGUUCAACACAUUGUUUGGUCUGAGUGUCAACUACUGGAUGGCAAUAGCUACCCGGUUUCUGCUUGGUGCCUUGAAUGGUUUGCUUGGACCGAUAAAGGCUUAUGCCAUUGAAGUUUGCCGACCUGAACAUGAAGCCCUAGCACUAUCACUUGUCAGCACAGCAUGGGGAAUAGGUCUCAUUAUUGGUCCUGCUCUUGGAGGCUACCUUGCACUGCCUGCAGAAAAUUUUCCAACUGUCUUUUCACCUGACUCAAUCUUUGGAAGGUUCCCAUAUUUCUUACCAUGCUUAUGCACGUCAAUCUUCGCUGCGGUUGUUCUCAUAAGCUGCAUAUGGAUGCCGGAGACUUUGCACAAGCACAAAGUCCAUGAAAAUAGAAGUCGGAACAUUGAAGCUUUGGAGGCCCGUCUGAUUGAUUCAAAUGAAAAGGUUGAAGAAAGUGGUAGUUUAGAUAGUAAGAAGAGCCUAUUCAGGAAUUGGCCAUUGAUGUCAUCAAUAAUUGUCUAUUGUGUCUUCUCCUUCCAUGACAUGGCUUACACAGAGGUGUUCUCUCUAUGGGCUGAAAGCGACAAGAAGUAUGGUGGGCUGAGUUUAUCAUCUGAGGAUGUUGGUCAAGUGCUUGCAGUCACAGGUGCCAGUCUUCUUGUAUACCAACUCUUUCUAUACCCCAGUAUCAAUAAGGUUCUUGGGCCUAUCAAAUCUUCUCGAGUUGCAGCUAUCCUGUGCAUACCCAUCCUCUUUGCCUACCCCUACAUGACGUACCUGUCGGAACCUGGAUUAUCAAUCGUUUUGAAUAUUGCGUCAGUGAUAAAGAAUAAUCUCGGUGUCACCAUCAUUACAGGCACUUUCAUCCUUCAAAACAAUGCCGUGCCUCAGGACCAGCGAGGCGCUGCGAAUGGACUGUCCAUGACUGGGAUGUCCUUUUUCAAGGCACUUGCUCCAGCAGGAGCAGGCAUUGUGUUCUCAUGGGCGCAGAAACGCCAGCAUGCGUUUUUCUUCCCAGGUGACCAGAUGGUAUUCUUCCUCCUGAACGCCGUCGAGCUGGUCGGGCUUCUCCUCACGUUCAAGCCCUUCCUGGCAGUACCAGAGCAGUACGAUACGAGAUAGUUAGACGAUCUAUCUAUCUAUACAAGUUCUGGAACGUUCAAGACGAUUCAUCGUGUGCGGCUGUACCAGUGAAGGAGAAGCGCCAAAGCGUGUGCCCUUUACGCCGCGGAAGGUCUACAAACAGGGACAUACUCCUAUAUAGGAAGAUGCAAUGCAAGAGCUGUGGUGUACUUUUAAUUGUAGGUGAUGUAGUAGUGUAUGGUAGUAUCAGCAUUUUCUGCAUUCAUGAAAUGCACACGCAGGUGGUGGGAAAUGUGGGCAUGGAUCGAGAGUCGCUGCGCUGUUAAGUAGCAAUAAAUGUUAAGGUUCAGUGACUCGCUGUUAUUUGUUGGGAAUGAAAUUACUGGGCAUCUGUACCCUCGUUGUUUUAUAUCUGGCUGUUGGAUUC